AUACCACAUUCCUAUUUGUAAUUGUUUAGUAGUGAAUCAAUAAAAUGACAUUAAUCUGACCGUCAAACGACGUCGUUUAAAUGAGAAAAUGUCGUGAUAAGGUUUGUUUUCAUAGCAAGACUUUCACACUGAAAAAUCAGCCUCAGGUCUUGAUAUUUCCGGCUACUUCAUCCACUUGUAUUCGUCAUUUUGGAAUGGAAUUUAACCCGGAUUCAAUUACAAAAGGCAUCUAUUGAUUUACCGAAACCAACAUAUUGAAGCACUAUAUAAAUCGAAAUCGCCUUUCUAUUUUUCAUUCUCUUUUGCAUUGAAGUGUAAAGUGUCGACUAGACUGGUAAAGAACAAGCACACACAUAUCGAUAAUGUUGUUCAGAACACCUAUGGUUGCCCUGGUAUUGAAACUACUAAUAGUUCUGAAAAUAGGCACGCAAUACGUGUCGUCAUGCACCGUGCAGUAUAAAGGAUGUGCUGGUACAUCCAUGGAUACGUUACCGUCAGCAUUUACAACAAAUUUUCUUCCAGCUUGCAGUAAACUUGAUAUAUGCUAUUCAUGCGGAAACACUAAAAAAUGGCUACGUGAGGAAUGCGAUAAAAGAUUUCUCCAUGAUAUGCACCGUAUAUGCAGAACAACGUACAGAAAAUGGUACGAAAAAACCACGAGGGCAAAUUGCAAAGCUUACGCCAAAACUUACUACAAAUUGGUAUCGGUGACAGGUCGUAAAUAUUACGAUAAAGUCUCUCCAAAAUGGUGUACAAAAGAUUGCGUUGUUUCGAAAGGAAGCCCUGAUAUUAAAUAUCAAGAAAAUUUGUAGAUGCUCGUACAGUUUACAAGGUGGAGUGUUUCUUUGCUUACCACUUGAUAACGCAGAGGGUUACGUGUAUGAAAAUAGCAAGGAGAAGAAAAGAUUUCUUUCAUAAAAGUCCUCGUUUUCCAAUCGCUAAUGUAAAUAACGGAAUAGGUUUUAUGAUUCCGCGUAAUUGUAAAUUGCAGACCUGAAGUAGCUAUAUAGAGACGAGACGUAUACACACUGUUACCGGGAUUAUUUAUUCAAUCAUCAAAGAUUGACAGCUUUCUUAGUGGGACACUUAUUUUCUUGAAGAAUUCUGUCAGGUGCGUGUUUAUGGAGGCUCAAAGUGACUUUUAAGUUACCUCACAUGAAGUAAUAUAUUAUAAUUUAUUGUCAAAGUUCCAAUCUUGUUGUCGCGUGUUGGAAGAACUGUAUGACAACGAUUUUUUAAGAUGUUUAUUUAUUUAAAAUUAUUUUUCCGAAUAAAUUUGCUUCAAACUAA